AUGGUUCACCGCAUCGCAUUCUGGAGCUGCUUCGGCCUCGCCGUGCGCUUCUGGCAGGUCGGAAUCGAGAUGCGCCCCUUCUUCAACAAGUCUUCGCUGUGGGCGUACCCGGCGUACGCUCUGGGCGGCGCCUCGUUCGGAUACUGGCUGCAGGGCAUCGACGACAAGCAGAGCGCCAUGCUGAGCGAGCGCAAGGCGUUCCUGCUCGAGAAGCGCAAGAGGAAGGCGGAGAGGGAGGCUGGCGAUGCGAGGGGCGAUGCGGCUGCUCUGCAGUAG